CCCCACAGUACUUUUUUGUUACCAUAGAGGAGUCAGCCAUAGAGAGAGUACGUAUCCGCCAUUACUAUAGAGACGUAUCUGAGGCCUUUUUUUUCCCCCUGGUUCAUUGGACAGAGCCCCGGGAGGUGAAGAGAGUAAGAAUUACAUCUGUCUGGGGGUAGUUGGCCUUGCAGCUAUCUCUACACUAGUCCUAUCACUGUGCAUCUCAUCCUGUUCGAAAUGCCGGCGGCUGUGGUGGAUAACAGCCAGGUAAUAUGUGAAGUGUGGGCUGUCAACCUGGAAGAGGAAAUGCGAAAAAUAAGGGAACUUGUGCGUACCUAUGGUUACAUAGCAAUGGAUACAGAGUUCCCUGGAGUGGUUGUAAGGCCGAUUGGGGAAUUCCGAAGCACCAUAGAUUAUCAGUAUCAACUAUUGCGGUGUAAUGUGGACUUAUUGAAGAUUAUCCAGUUGGGGCUCACUUUCAUGAAUGAGAAGGGAGAGUACCCUCCAGGGACCAAUACGUGGCAAUUCAACUUCAAAUUUAACCUCACGGAAGAUAUGUAUUCUCAAGAUUCAAUUGACCUUUUGGCAAAUUCUGGUCUUCAGUUUCAGAAGCACGAGGAAGAGGGCAUUGACACACUCACAUUUGCUGAGCUCCUAAUGACCUCUGGGGUGGUUUUGUGUGAUAAUGUGAAGUGGCUUUCAUUCCACAGUGGCUAUGAUUUUGGGUAUAUGGUGAAACUCCUUACAGACUCUCGGCUGCCUGAAGAAGAGCAUGAGUUUUUUCACAUAUUGAACCUCUUCUUUCCUUCUAUUUAUGAUGUCAAGUACCUGAUGAAAAGCUGCAAAAAUCUUAAGGGUGGUCUGCAAGAAGUUGCUGAUCAGCUAGACCUGCAGAGAAUUGGCAGACAACAUCAGGCAGGUUCGGACUCUCUGCUAACUGGAAUGGCUUUCUUCCGGAUGAAAGAGUUAUUUUUUGAGGACCACAUUGAUGAUGCCAAAUAUUGCGGGCGUCUUUAUGGCCUAGGAACAGGAGUGGCUCCUAAAUCCAAUGAGGAGGCAGAAGAGAAAAUGAGCAUUAUGUCUCUAAUCAACAAUGGACAGCAAUGAAUUGACAAACAGUUUGGAAUAUUCAUCAUUAGCUCCUGUUAUAACAGGUGUUUCCUCAAAAUCGCCCAUGUGCGUGGAAUCGCUCACAGUGCAAUUUUUAAAACAAAUACAAAAUGAAAUUCAUUGAGCGUGUAACGUGUAUAUAUUACUCUGUUUAAUUAUCCAAUUUUUUUUAUUUUAAAUGUUUUACUGCAGAAUUCGUCCUGAAAUGUCAACCACAGUACACAUAGAAGAGCCUAUUUGCAUUGGUUACUGUACCACAAACCAUUUGUUGUUGUGAAUGAUGACCCUGCACAGAAUUAGUUUUAAGUUCCAUCUUCCAUGAAACUUAAGGUGCAGUUGCAGACUUUCCUUUGCUUUCAGACUAUCCUUUUAUCAAGGGAUAUCCAUGGCAAUUUCAGAAGCAGUAAUACAAAUCCCAGAGUGCCUUGGGAAGGGGGUAGUGUUUGUUCCCAUUGUUUUCGCUGCUUCUACACAAAGCACCUUUAAGAUUGUAAUAAAGCAGAGCAGUUAUGGCUGCAAGAACCAAAGCUAAUGGAAUUCUCUGUUCCAUAUAUUUUUCUUACAGCCUUGGUUAAAAAAUUACUGAUACCAAUAAUGCUCUUGUGUUUCUUAAUAUUAACAGAACCUUCAGUUGGUUAGCUCUUGUAGAAUGUAAAUAACAUCAAACACCUUUUGAUUCUGUGUAAAUUUGUGCUUGUGACACUCUCUCCCUAGGGAGACCAAAAAGCAGAUUCUGCAACCUGCAGUUCCUCUAAAUCAAUAGCUGAUAUCGGCGGUUUCAAGUAGAUAUGCACAUUAUUUCAGCAUUUGUUCUUAGUAAGCAAAAUGAAUACUGAAAAUGGCUGUGAUCUGAGGCAUUCGGCUUACUUUGGCGCCCGAUUUAUUAUGCCACACACUAAUUUCUGUAUUUGCACAGAUGUUUGUGUUUUGCACUUUUACUCUAAUCUGGCUCUGAAAUGAGUCAAUUGCUGCAGAUCAUUUUCAGCAUUUGUUUCACUUGCAAAUAACAAAUGCUGAAAUGUAUGCAGCAUUUAGAAAACCUAGGUUACAAAUUGUGCCUUUUGGUCUCUCCAGGGAGCAUGGAACAAAGCACAAUUUUUACACAAAAACAAGACAUUUUUAUUGUCCCUUUUUAAUGCAUCAAAAUUUCAAUUUGAAGAUCAAAUUUAAAGCACAAUGAUCCUAAGGGAGCAUUAAUUGGAGUUGAUGUUUAUUUUUCUUUCCUAUUUUAAAUGGAUAUAUUAAAUAAGGUAUUUAUUAAAAUUCUGCCUUUCUUUGAGUUGGUCAAUCACUGAGCUCUGUGGUGCUUGUGCAACAAUCUCAAAGUCAUGGCAAAAAAUGUAAAGUUAAUAAAUUGUAUUUGUUUGUAGCCUAACUGGCAAACUGUUUAGGAACUGAAUUUUAUUUUGUAAAUGAAAUUCGCAGUUUACAGUUCCAAGCUGUCAUUUUAAAAAAAAAAAAGAAAAGAGCUUUCUUCCCGGCCUUUUUAUCUAGAUUGUACUUGAUAUAUUUUUAUUGUCUACAAAGCCACUAAAAUGUGAACAUAUAUUGCCCUUUAUGAAUUAAUUUCUUGUAAAAAAAAAUAAAAUAUAUGUUUAAAAGAAACUGAAAGUAUUGGGGGGAAAAUGUAAAAAAAAACAAUCUGAAGUAAAGUCUUGCAGUUUUACCCAGCACAUUUUGUAAUCCAUGUAUCCAUUGAUGUAUGCUGGAGUUUGAGACGCUUGUAAAUAUUAUUAUUUAUGUUUUUAAAUUUGUAAAAUAAAGAUGUGCUUUUUUUAAUUAAA